AUGUAUAUUAAACCAUUACUGGCCCUAUUGGGUCUCGUAUUAGUAUGUUGGGUAAUACAGUUAUUACCGGUUAUAUCAGUCCCAAUAACAUCAGUCUUAUAUUUAUCAUAUUUUAGAGAUUAUAAAUAUGGAGUAUUUGGUAUAUGUGAUUUAAAAGAACAAGUAUGUAGUGAAGCUAAGAUUGGAUAUCCUUCAUUAAAUUCAACAUUUUCUGAUUUUACAAGUAAUACAGAUUUUGGUUAUGAUGGUGGAAUUAUAUUACCUUCAAAAGUAACUUAUUCAAUAUCAAAGUUAUUGGUUGUUCAUGUAUUAGCUUUUUGUUUUUCAAGUAUCUUGAUAGUGGUUAUUAUUUUAUUGUUGGUUAUUAAUUUCUUAGAUCAAAGAAGGAAGUCAAUAAGAGUAUCAUCACUAGGAGAUGAACAACAACAACAACAACAACACCAGGGAGAAUUAAAGAAACGAGAUUUAACUCCCUACUUUAAUCUAAUGUUAGUAAUGACAUUAUUCUCAUUCUUAACAACUUUGUUAGCAUUCCUUGCUGAUAUUUUAUUAUUCAUCCCUCAUUUAAGUUUUAUAGGUUGGUUACAAUUAAUCCCCAUAGUAUCAAUGGCAUUAACUACUUCAAUGUUAUGUUUCCUCAAGAGAUCAAUAUCAAGUCGGAAAUUCUUUGAUGAUGAUAACAAUAAUCUCCAACAUCAGUAUGCUAAUGAUGAUAUGAGAAUGAUGAGAAAGAAUGUAAUUGAUCAUUUUGGUUGGAAUAAUAAUGAUAAUUCAAGUGAUGAUGGAUUUUAUGUAUUUACUGAUGGGUUUUAUAGUACGACUGAUAAUCAGAAUAAGAACUUACAUGGUGGAAGAAGAAGACGAUCUGAUCAGGAUAGUGAAACUCAAAUACCGACUUCACCUUUUGAUAAUCGGGGUGCAACUGAUGAUGAUGAAUAUUCUAUAGAAUCAAAUCUUGGACAAUAUCAAGAUAAUAUACAAUUACAAAAUCUACGAAGGUAA